GUGAAUCCCCAGCAGGGAGAGACCGGCGGGGAGUAGACUGCUGGGUUCUUCCUGCUGUUGAAAAUUCACUGCGCACUGGAGGUGGAAGUUUUCCUUCUCUUCUGCCCUGAAUGUUUUCCCAAACAUGAAGGCAAUAAGUUUAUUCUUCUUGGUGGGAUUUAUAGGAGAGCUUCAAGUUUUUUCAAGUGCCUCCUCACCAGUUAAUUGCCAGUGGGCUUCCUAUGCCACUUGGUCAGAAUGCAAUGGUUGUACCAAGACUCAGACUCGCAGGCGGUCAAUUGCUGUUUAUGGGCAGUAUGGCGGCCAUCCCUGUGUUGGAAGUGCUUUUGAAACACAAUCGUGUGAACCUACACGAGGAUGUCCAACAGAAGAGGGAUGUGGAGAACGUUUCAGGUGUUUUUCAGGUCAGUGCAUUAGCAGAUCUUUGGUUUGCAAUGGGGAUUCUGACUGUGAAGAGGAUGGUGCUGAUGAAGACAGGUGUGAAGACUCAGAAAGCAGACCUUCCUGUGACCUCGAUAAACCUCCUCCCAACAUAGAACUUACUGGACACGGUUAUAAUGCCCUCACGGGCCAGUUUAGGAACAGAGUCCUCAACACUAAAAGUUUUGGUGGUCAAUGCAAAAAGGUGUUUAGCGGGGAUGGGAAACCUUACAGACUGAGUGGAAAUAUCCUCUCCUAUACAUUCCAGGUGAAAAUAAACAAUGAUUUUAAUUAUGAAUUUUACAAUAGUACCUGGUCUUAUGUAAAACAUACAUCGACGGAACAUUCAUCAUCCAGUAAAGGACGCUUCCUCUUUUUGAGUUCUUCAUCUUCUUCGCACCAUUCUUCUUCAGAUAGCUAUGAAAUCCAUAAGGAAAAGAGUUAUCAAUUGUUGGUUGUUCAGAACACUGUUGAAGUGGCUCAGUUUAUCAAUAACAAUCCGGACUUUUUACAACUUGCCGAGUCAUUCUGGAAGGAACUCUCCUACCUUCCUUCUCUGUAUGACUACAGCGCCUACCGAAGAUUGAUCGACCAGUAUGGGACACAUUAUCUGCAGUCUGGGUCCCUAGGAGGAGAAUACAAAGUUAUCUUUUAUGUGGACUCGGAAAAAGUCAAACAAAGCGGUCUUAGUUCAGAGAAUAAGAAGCAAUGUACUUCCUCACAUAUCAAGUUUUUGUUUAAAUCAUCAGAGCACGCAUGCAAGGCAAUGGAAGAGGCCUUAAAAUCGGCUUCAGGAACUCAGGGCAAUGUGUUGAGAGGGGUCCCAUUUGUCCGAGGGGGACGUGCUGGCUUCGUGUCUGGCCUUAGUUACCUGGAGCUGGACAAUCCUGCUGGAAACAAACGGAGAUAUUCUCGCUGGGCAGGAUCUGUGCCUGAUCUUCCCGAAGUCAUAAAACAAAAGCUGACACCUUUGUAUGAGCUGGUAAAGGAAGUACCCUGUGCCUCGGUGAAAAGACUAUACCUGAAACGGGCCAUUGAGGAGUAUCUGGAUGAAUUUGAUCCCUGCCAUUGCCGGCCUUGUCAAAACGGUGGCAUGGCCACGGUUAAGGGGACCCAGUGUCAGUGCCAUUGCAAACCAUACACGUUUGGUGUGGCAUGUGAAAAAGGAGCCCUCGUAGGGGAUCAAGCAGGAGGGGUUGAUGGAGGGUGGAGCUGCUGGUCCUCUUGGGGCCCCUGUGUUCAAGGGAAGAAAACAAGGAGCCGUGAAUGCAAUAACCCAUCUCCCAGUGGGGGUGGGAAAUCCUGCAUUGGAGAAAUGUCAGAAACCAGGCAAUGCGAAGAUGAGGAGCUGGAGCAUUUAAGAUUGCUUGAACCACAUUGUUUCCCUUUGUCUUUGGUUCCAACAGAAUUCUGUCCAUCACCUCCUGCCUUGAAAGACGGAUUUGUUCAAGAUGAAGGCGCCAUGUUUCCUGUUGGGAAAAACAUAGUGUACACUUGCAACGAAGGAUACUCUCUUGUUGGAGACCCUGUUGCCAGAUGUGGAGAAAACUUACAGUGGCUUGUUGGGAAGAUGCAUUGUCAGAGAAUUGCCUGCGUUCUACCUGCACUGAUGGAUGGCAUGCAGAGUCAUCCCCACAAACCUUUCUACACCAUUGGCGAGAAGGUGACCUUUUCCUGUUCAGGUGGCAGGUCCUUAGAAGGUCCUUCCACAUUUCUCUGCGGAUCCAGCCUUAAGUGGAACCCUGAGAUGAAGAAUGCCCAGUGUGUGCAAAAAGCUGCCCCUUUGACACCGGAAAUGCCUGAAUGUCAGCGCUGGGAGAAACUGCAGAAUUCAAGAUGUGUUUGUAAAAUGCCCUAUGAAUGUGGAUCCUCCUUGGAUGUAUGUGCUCGAGAUGAGAGAAGCAAAAGGAUACUGCCUCUGACAGUUUGCAAGAUGCAUGUUCUCCAAUGUCAGGGUAGAAAUUACACUGUUGCUGGUAGAGAGAGCUGUACUUUACCUGCCUCAGCUGAGAAAGACUGUGGUGUGUGUCCGCUGUGGGGAAAAUGUGAUGCCCAGAGCAGCAAGUGUGUCUGCAGAGCCGCCUCAGAGUGCGAGGAAGCAGGGUUCAGCGUCUGCGUGGAGGUGGACGGCAGGGAGCGGACGAUGACAGAGUGUGAGGCCGGCGUCCUGAGAUGCCGAGGACAGAGCAUCUCAGUCACCCACAUCCGGCCCUGCGCCGCGUAGCUCCCGGCGCCCUUGGGCCUGCUCGCGAUCACGCAUCCGCUGUGGCCAAGUUAAAAGCUCUGCACAACAGGCCGUGUAGACAGCUUCUCAGCACGCAGGCCCAUUCUUUCUCCUUCCCCUCCGUGUCCACUUCUCUCACCCUGCAAGCCCUGAAUAAUUACACAAACCUUUGUUCUCCCAAACCCGAAUCCAGACUCCCUUUUUCUUCUUCUUCUCUCUUUUUUUUUUUUUUUUUUUUUUACAGCAAACUGCACAUAUUUAGAGUGUACAAUUUGGUAUCCCAGUCUCCCAAUUCACUCCCCCCCCAGUCUUCUCAUUUUUAAAAUGUCAGGCUGAAGGAUAUUGAUGCAUCUUUGCAAGAGCUAACUGCGUGUUCUUGGAAAAAUUGCUAACUUCUGUGGACCUUGACUUUUUUUUUUUAUCUGAAAAUUAGAGGGUUAGACUAGAGAAAUUUGAAUGCUCUAUGAUUCUUUUAUGUAUAAUUGACUCUGCCCAUGGGCUAGAAUACGCUGUACAGAUUGGUUAGGAGAACAGAAAGGUUAGAGAGGCUGCCUUCACACAGGGAAACUGAAUACAAAGGGGAUCUUGAAUGGGAAAAGGCAGAUACAAUUUUUCCAUCCCAAGUGGUAAUCUCAGGCUUCACCCUGUUGACCCAAACACCACACCUAGAGAUCCCUAAUCUUGUCAGUAGGUUGAAUCACCCACCAUCUGAGUGAAAUCCAUCCUGUUAUGGUCACAGGGGCACCUUCUACCUUCUUGUCUGAGAACAAGUACAAUUCAGGCUUCUCUCUGGAGCUUUUCUUGAGUGUGUGCCAAACACAAGACCUGCAGUUGGCCCCCUUCCCCCCCUUUCCUUUUGUGGGAAGCAUCAUUCAUGCCUGAGCUAUUGAGCGAUCGAGGACUUGGGAGAACAGUGUAGUCUAAUGUGGAUACGCCCCUAGAUAUUUCAGGGCGCUCCACAGGCAGAUCCAUUUGAGGCAUUAGUCUUCUAUUUAGUCCCUGUUCAUCUUUCAUCAAAACAAAAUAGCAGCUGCAGGCGGUGAAAUGAGUGGGCGUCAAUGGAAUUUAAAAUAUGCUUUUAUAUAAAAAUAAUAUCUGUAUUUUUCUGAUACAUUUCAACGAAACUUUAGUU